UUCUUGGCAAAGGAAAACCCACCUUUUUCAUUGUUUGUUUCUCGAGGAAGGAAUGUGAUGGUUUGAUCUUGCGGCGCAAGGGACGGGGUGAGAGAAGGAACUAGCGAGGAGCCUGCUGAGAGCUGCUCUGUUCAUCCUCAAAAAGUCAAACACGACUGAGUAGUUUGCCCUUCCAGAGCGCUACCAACGAAAAAUCGUCACCGUUCUUCUUCCGUUGUUCAAGACACAACUCCAAACUGCGGCAACUUUGGCACCCUCCUCCCCCUCCUGUUCGCUGCAGAGGAGCAGCUCGAUAAGCAGGACUGCGGGGAUUUCAGUCAAGCUAUAUUUUGUGGCAGAUGUAAGAAUGAUAGCGUUCGUAGGGAUGUGGAAGAAAACUUCAACGGGACUUUCCAAACGGCUGAUAGAGGUGAUCAAAACUCACUUGGAUCACCAUUGAUAGCAGAGUCAAGGAAUAAAAAGUAUUCAAAACCUCCACCUGAUGGUAGGAGGAAAACAUAGGGACCUAUCCUUUUUGAUUUCAUCUUAAGUUCCCAGAACCAUUUAGAAAACAACACCAGACAAAUGUGUACCCCUCCAUCAAACAAUCAUAAAGACCUCACAGUGGAUUAGCAUCAGAAAGAAAAAAUGACAGACACAACAAAUCGCCAUCUGAGACACAAGUUGCAGAGUUUAGCAAGACGUCUGGAUGAGCUUGAAGAGGCCAGAGGCAAACUACAGAAAGCUGAAGAUGAACUUCUUGACAUUCAGGACAAAAUCAUUCAGGCUGAAGGGAGUAAUUCCUCAAUGCUCACCGAUGUGGAGGCAUUGCGGAAAAGAUUGCUCAAAAUUGAAGGCAAAGAUGAAGAGGUCAGGAAAGCGGAGGAUCUUUGUCGUGAGGUUAGGGAGAAAUUAGAUCAGGAAGAGACAAUGACCAAGGAUCUUAAAGUAGAGAUCGAGCGUCUUCAGCGCAGAAUGACUGAACUUGAGAAGCUUGAAGAGGCAUUUGGUAAAAGCAAGUCAGACUGUACGCAGUUGUGCCUUAGUCUUAAUGAGGAGAAAAACCUGACCAAAAAGCUUGCAUCAGAGCUUGAUGCCUUGAAGGCCCGUGUCAAGGAAGUGGAUACCUCUGAAGCUCGACUAGACAGGGCAGAAAAAUCCCUUACUGGAGAGAUGGAGAAGCUAAAGAGUCUCACUCAGACGUUUGUGACUGAACGCAAAAGACUUCUGGAAAGGCAGAGAGAGGAUGAGAAAAUCAUUCACAAGCUGACUGAGAAACUUGAACGUCAGGAAAACAAACUAGGCCCAGCAGACCACAGUCGGAUUGAUUCUAGAGAUCUUCGAAUUGAGGAUGAGUUCUCAGCUGGCCUUACAUCCAAACUGGCCAGGAAGAAGAGUUUUGACUACUUGAAGCAUCCAGAUGACCUAGAUUUAAGAAAUAAGUCAGAGAACGAGAAAAAUUGCUUUGAGGGGCAAGAAGAUAAUAAGGUUAAAGACCUCAGCCAGGAAGUGGAAAGAUUGAAGUAUCGUUUGAAGCAGAUGGAGUUAGUGGAGGAGGACUUGAAGAACAUGGAAUCCAAGAAUGCUGAACUGAUAGAAAAGUACCAGCAGGAGAGGAACCACAGUCAAGCCCUCCAUGAACAGGUUGAGCAGAUGAAAAUGCAGCUCAAUGGUUGCAACAGUAGUAAUGGAAACUCUGCAGUUACCAGCACUACAACGGUCCUGGAGAAUGGCAAGGCAGAAAAUGAAGAGAUCCAUGUGCGAAGCUUCAGACAGGAGAAACCUAAAUUACUAAACAGGAGUCCUGCUGCUUCUGAACCAGUCACCUCAAAGUACAAAAGCAGAGAGGCAUCUCCUCAGCAGAGGCGAGAAACUAAGCAGCGGAACAAAGACCUUUGUCACUCUACAGAAAGCUCCCCAAAGACUGUACGAAGGACUCUUAGUCCAGCACAUAAUGUUAGGAAAGGUAUAAAGACUAAUUCUGAUAAUGGGACAAAAGAUGGAAAGAAAGAUGAAAAAAUUGGAAGUGUCUUAUCAAGUGCUCUCAAUGAAAGCAAGAAAGUUUCAGUCCUUAGUCGCUAUCCUCCAGCUGCUAAUGACCAAAAGUCUUGUAAGCCACCGGUCAAGCAAAAUGACAGUGAUCACAAUAAGAGUCGAACAGAGAAGUUGUUCAAGUACCCUGGAAGCGAUAGUAAAUCAAACAACUGUGAUGGGUCACUCAUAAAUUCAGUCAGUGCUGCUAUCAUUGUUUCACCUGAGAAAGGACUAACCGAACCUGAGAGUUUAGAUCAGGAUGCUUCUGCAAUGUUGAGUCUCUCCAAGGCCAAUGGAUCCUAUACUGCUUACAGAUCCCAUGUAUCUCAAUCUGUUCAGAGUGAUCAUGGUUCUGAUGGUCACUCCUCAGCCUCGGAAAUGGAAUAUAUUGGUUCCAUGCGAUUGCCUGGUGAGCAAAAUGACCCCCUGAUGUCAAGUAGAAGUGGUAGAAAAUCGUCAAAGUACACUAGAUACUCACAGCUGCAAGAAUCUUACUCCGAUAGUUCCUCAAAGGGCCGUUUCAGUGAGGAGCAACACAGGCCUCUUACAGUGGAAGGGGAUACCCAGGAAACUAAGCAUACUACCUCAGGUAUUGAAGUCCGCAGGGUAUGCAGCCCUCGUGAAGCCCUCCAGUCAAAAGCUGUCAUCAAGCAAGCCAUUGUUGAGACUGACAGAAAGGAAGUGAUGUCAGGGGGAAUCCCUGAGCAUUUGACCACUAGCGGGAAACCCAAGAUAUCCACAAAGCCAGAAUUGACUAGCAAGAUGACCAGCAGUAUCACCUUCUAUCCCAAUGACCCCUGCUCCUCUCGAACAAGCAGUCGGAGCAGUAGUUUAUCAAGCGAGCCCCCUUUUAAGGAAAGACACACUUCCACAAGUAAUAUUGUGAUCAGUCCCAGUAGUGAGCACAGAGGUAGCAUCUCUAUACCUUAUGAAAUAUCCAUCCCUAAGAGUGAGAUCACUCUACGUCAAGGUGAGACUGAUGCUGACUUUUCUGAACCUCACGGUUACCUUGAGACUGCUCCCGUGGAGGCAGCCCUCCUAUCUCAAAGCAGUUUCAGCCUCCAGUCUUCAGAAACUUCAGACUUGAACAAUGACAUUGAGUCUGGGUUUGAGAGCAGCAGUAGCAGCACCAUCCAAACCAACUGGAAAAUCCACCACAACCACCACUCAUAUGAUGACAUUUUGCCAGAAAUGAGAAACGUCACUGUCAGGAGCACUUGGAGGAGCCGUGGGACAGCUUCUGGGGAUGAAUCUGCUCAAGCACUAAGACAAGAUGGCUCAGAGGAUGAGGGUGAGUCUGCAACCACCUGGAGAGCAUACAGGGCAACUGCAGUGUUGGACACUCCCUCAAACUCCAGCACUGUUGCUAAAUGUGGAAAUAAACCCAGCCCAGUCGAAGUAUACAUGCGUAGAAUCAACAAUGCAGCACCAAUGGUCCAUGAUCUGGGACGACGGAACAAGAAGACUCCUUCACGAGAGAGGGCUAUUGCACAUGAGCCUGUUAGUGCUCAGCAACUUCAACCAAGAAGCCGUAAACACCCCAUGUCUACAGAUGAUCAAGAAAGUGCUCUGUCUUCAUUGCGAAGGCAGCCUGGGGGGGAUGUGGACCCGUACGAUAGGUCUGGGAGCCGUGGAGCAUGGCUUAGCAGGAACCGCACAGCUGAUGCAAGCCGGUCGUGGUCAAAUCGCCAUCUGGACAACUGACACCGAUUUUCCUAAUAAGAGGGAAUGAAGCUCAUCUCCUCUCUUCAGUUGCAUCAUAUUUUUAAAGACCCAUGAGAUGAUCAGAUUACCAGGCAGUGACCCCCUGGAACCUCCUUGUCCUUUUACAUCAACCACACCUGUAUGAUCUCACCAGCUUCCAGCUGUCUCUUUGGGAAACAGAAGUCAACAUAUUCCUACAGCGAUGAAUCCUCUUCUGCUCCUUGUAGUUUAUUAAAGUCGUCAGAUGUGACAAGGGAGAGGCUCAGACAUGUGACCGUCUUGCUGUUGGGAGGAUGUGAAGGGGGCUUUGGGUCAUUUAUCACUAUUUUGAGAACCCCACACAAACCUCUCUAGUGCCACAGGUCCUGGUGGAUGUCCAAAUUUGAGUUUCAUGCAUUAUUCUCACAAGGAGCAAGUUAUAGCAUGUAACUUUUCAAGUAGUUUAAGAAUCUCACUUUUUGUUUUUUUUCUGGAUGGUGUUUAAUUCAGGAAUUCAUUGGGAUUAUUUCACACAGCUAAAAUUAAUUGAUUGUCUAGGUGUUCACAGGUAGAGCCAGUAGUCAACCACAUGCUAAGAGUAUAUGCUAAGUCUUCAGUAUGCAUUCAUGUAAUUAAGCCCAGGUUUUUAGCCUUAAAGCUCCAGGUGUCCAAGUUUAUUUGGUCUCAUUUCUAAUGUGAUCUUGUUCAUUGAACUGUAUUCUGUUACUAGUUUGUUUAAUUCCUUCAUCUUCUCUUUAACUGGAUUUGAUGGUUGCACAACCAGCAUAUUGAAUGCACAGGACCACCAACACUAAAAUCUGCAUUUGCAUGGUGACCCUUUCCCGUCUCAGUAGCUCUGAAGGCUUUGGAUUCCAAACCAGCAGGAGAAGAAUCCAAUCAUCUAGAGCUCAUCUCGAUGUGACCUCGUCCAUCUGGGUAGCUAGCCGGGAUUAACCCAAAUGCUGGACAUUUAUGGAGGAUUUUAAGAGUGGAUUCCUCACAGCCGCUUUGUAACUCUAUUCGCAAACUUUGCACAGAAAGACACUGAUCCGAACUCUCAAUGUGUCACAGGAAACCAGUGUUAGAGAUUCUGCUGGUCCGAGUCAGUCCCUAGAUGGGUUGUGUUUUCAGUUAUUUCAGCCAUUGAGCUUGUUGAGCCUUGAGGGUGGCUAGCAUGACACCACAGAGGAUCCAGAAUGCUUAAGUUAGGAAUGCUUGUGCCUGGAUAAACGACCUCACCAUCGAAAGCAUUGGAAUGCCCAUCACACCUCAUGCGGUUAGUGCUUGUUGAAAUAUUAUUGAAUAGAGCUGCUGCAGUUGAAAUGUCUUGUACUGUUUCUAUUAGGUUUUUAAACUCCAGUGCCGCAAAUGAUUCAUUUUCUCAUUCAGGCUCAGAUUCCUCUUGUCCUUAAAACCUAUGCUGAAGUGUCUGUGUGUAUUAAUAUCUCUCUUAUUCAAUUCCCUGUGUCGAUUGAACCCGACGAUGACGGCGAAGGGUCCAUUGUCCCUCGGCCCGCCAGAUGAUCUCAGUCUCAGAUGUCACUGGAAUGUGGGAUGUUUUAUUUGUCUGUUUUAAUCUAAUGCUGUACGUAUAAUGUUCUGGGAGUUGAUGUUCAGGUGGGCAGUUUGCUUUCUUUGCAGCACCUUACUUGGUUAUUACAGCUUUAAAAAAUGCCUCACCAUUGUGGUCAGUUUCUGUGUCCUGUAUAGUCAUUCAUCCCUCUGCUUGGGUUGGAUGGAGUAUUUGAAGUCGACAUUUUUUUGUGUCUAUUGAUUUAUCCAUUUAAAGUUGUUCUAAUGAAUUUGUAAUUGCACUUAAAUCAUCAUUAAAACAGACUUAUGUAAGUAAAAAA